CUCGUUAGUCGCUCUCUCUGCCUCUCGUUCGCUCGCUCUCGCACUUCUGCCACGGCUACCUCGGCGCGCGUAUAUCUCUCGCCGCUCUCGCGCCCUUGCCGCGCUUGAUACCUGCGUCUCGCUCCCCUUCUGCCUCCACCUCGACGCGCUCGUCCUUCUCCUCGAGCGCGUUCGCCGGCCGACCGCAGUCGUCCACCGCGUUUGCCCUGGCGUCGCGCGGACCUGCCACUCCGCCGGCUACCAGGAGUAGCUGCACGUGCUGUGGCUCGAGCACGAGGUAGAAGCGUCAACCUGCCGCGAAGAGAGAAGAGGAGAAGUCGAGGGGGAUCGCGGGGCGAGGCUCGCCUUCGGAUCCCAGUGCGGAUAAUUCGCGAGGAAGGCGGGAGGAGCGACGGAAGUCGGAAGUUGAACGCGUGGUUACCAGUGAGCCGGUCUCUUGGUGCGAGUGGAACUGCGCGAGGACUCGGCACUUCCCGCCGAUGAUUGUUAGAGACGGCGGUUAGAGAAGCCGGAAGGAAGGCGAAAUCACUCUCCUUCGAGAUUCAGAUCAGCUGCGACAGGCUGCAGGUUCCCAAGCCGGGGGGAGAGUAUUCAACCUGCCGAGGACUUGUCGUUGAGCAAUGAUCGGAUUGCGCGAGCGAUGAGCGAGUACGUUUGACAGAACAUCAACAUACGCUCUCAAUGAUCGUCGCCGCGACGCGGCCAUUCUUCGAUAAAAGCCAGACGCGCCACGUUUGCCGAGAGGGGUGAGAAGAACGUUGACAGGCGAGAGCGCGCACGUUUCCGCGCGGAGCGCAAUUACCGGAGCGGAAUAAAAAUAGGGAAGCCGACAGGAGAGGGCGGGCGGGCCGGGCGGGAAGGAAGGAAACACCGAGAGAUAAAGAGAGCGGAUCGUGAGCGACUCGGUGGAAGGUGGUCGUUGGGAGAAACCUUCCUGUCGGCAUCUGACGUGUCCCCGUAGGUGUACUAUUAUAUAGUCAUUCGCAUAUCUCCCUCCCUCCGUUGUUCCUUCUCUCUUUCCGUCUUUCCGGCUUUCGUGUCACAUCCACGUCUCAUUGCCGUGAAAGCGAAGUCACUUCCUGCGCGAGUCGAGCCGAGUCGAGUCGGACUCGCGCGCGCGUUCGCGCGCGCGCGCGCAUCACACGCGACACGCACCGCGACGAGACGCGUCUCUUUCUCUCUCUCUCUCUCUCUCUCUCUCUCUCUCUCUCGUCCCGCCGCGAAAUCGUCGUCUCGCAGGACGUCGCACGAGGACGCGCAACGUGACGCUGUACAAUGUCGGCGAACUGACGUGACCAAGAAGAAGAGCAACGUCGGCCAUCGGGAGCCAGAGCGAGCAGCGAGCCUGGGAAAGCGGGACACCGUCGUCGUAACGAAGCCGGUCUCGAGGAGCGCGCACGAAGGAGCGGGUCCUCGAGGAGAGCGGAUGCCACUCGGAAGAAGCUGAGGAGCACCGGCGGCAGGCCAGCAGCAGCAGCAGCAGCAGCAGCAGCGACCACAUAAAAAUCAACAGAUACACACGGAGUAGCCGAUUGCCCGUCAUCAUGCCGCACACCGGACAAGCCGGGGUGAAUCAAUUAGGCGGCGUGUUCGUGAACGGCAGACCUCUGCCAGACUGUGUGCGUCAGAGGAUCGUGCACCUCGCCCUGGGCGGCGUCAGGCCGUGCGACAUUUCGCGGCAGCUACUCGUGUCGCACGGCUGCGUCUCCAAGAUACUCACGAGAUUCUAUGAGACGGGAAGCAUCCGGCCCGGCAGCAUCGGCGGCAGCAAGACGAAGCAAGUAGCCACGCCCACGGUGGUGAAGAAGAUCCUGCGGAUGAAGCAGGAGCAGCCGACGAUGUUCGCCUGGGAGAUUCGCGAGCAGCUCGCGCGACAGGGAGCUUGCGAUCCGCAGAGCUUGCCGUCCGUGUCGUCGGUCAAUCGCAUCUUGAGAGGCGGUGGCCUGCACACCGAUCUCCCGGCCAUCGAGGGCGGCACAUCCGGCGGAUACGCGUCGCAGAUUCCCUCCAACGCCAGAGAUGCGCUCAUGAGAACGGACUACCAGCUGUUCUACUCGGGCGCGCUGGGACCGCUGCACAUCUCCGCCGCGAAUACCGGCAGUACCGGCACGCCGUCGUGGAACCAGAGCUUCUACUCGUCCCUCUACCAGGCGACGACCCUGCACUUGCAUCACGGGAUGCAGUCGUUCGCACCGCUGGACGCCGAGCGUCUGUCGGAGCAAACCGGCGCGCAGAAUCAGCUGGAGCUGAAGUCGAGCUCGAGCUCAACGGCCGGUAGCGACGACUCGCUGGACAAGAGCGACCUGGACGAGAACAUCGAGUCGCAGGAGCAUUACAAGUCCUUCCGGAACACACCGAUAAUCCUGGAACUCAGCCAGAAGAUCGGCAGCGACCGGAGCGCGUUCGUCAGGCACGGCACGCCCAACUCGGCCGUGAACCUGGACAACGCGCGGGAGAGCCCGGUGUCUAUCGUCGACGCGAGCCGGCAAGAUCCGACGCAGUCGCACAGGAUUUUCGAGGUGAAGAGCAACACGACCUCGAGCACGACGGCGACGACGACGGCAAACGAGGCGACGACGACGAUGACGGCGGCGGUGGUGGAGAAUCAGCCGUUGCAGCCGCAAAAGAAGAAGAACCCCUACUCGAUAGAGGAGCUGCUGAAGAAGGAUGAGAGCAGGUCCACGCCCAGAAGGCCGAGAUUGCCCAACGUCGGAGUGGUGCAGCCCUGUGGGCUAGUCGUCAGCAAGGAGAUCUAAGCUCGGUCGCGUCGGAAUGUCGGCCGUCUCACGACGGCGACAAGCGUCAGACUCGAAGCUCGCGUUGCAUUCGCACCGAAGCAUCGAACAAUCGGCGCCUGCUGCUUACAUCGGUAAGAACGGACAUUGCGCACGAUGUGAUGAGCGUACGUCCUGGGCUGUAGGUAUGUGUGUAGUAUUAACGCUAAGGGUGCGAAGAAAGACUCGCGAACGAUUGCGUUACGCUCGCGCCAAGGUCAUUCCUUCGCAUCCAGACGAGUAGCCAUCGCGGAUACAGUGAGAGUAGCGAAUAUCCUAGGUGUUUAACUACUUAGAAUACCGAGUAAGCGUAGGAGUUUGAAAUAAAGAAAUAAAGAAAGUUAGAAAUAAAGAAAGAGGCGAGGCCUAACGAGGCGGGUAAUCUCUGCCGCUCCGCUGGGCAGCAAGCGAACGUUUUACGAAACGAAAGAACAAAAACGUCAGCCAUAUACGGUAACGGUAGGAUCGACGAGAUGUACUGUCGAUGGUAACGUAGUGAAGUACACGUAAUCCUUUGUGUAAGUUAACUUAUAAUUAAAUUAUUAUUUUCGCGCACACGUACACACACACACACACACAAACGCACACUCUCUUUCUCUCUCUCUCUCUCUCUCUCUCUGUUCCAUUCCACGUCGCUAAUCCCGGCCGAUUCGCGCUCGAUCGAAGCGCACGGUCGUCUCGAAACACCGAGAGACUUCGCUUGUCUUCACGGUGCGCGAGCGGCGGGGAGACGCUCGGAAAACCGCCCGCGAAAAAUUGCCCGUUACUUUCGCUGAUUUAUCACGGAUGAAGCGGUUCGGCGAAUCGCCGCGCGAUGAAGCAUCAAUUAACGUCGCCGGUUCCGCCGCUCCGACGACGGCGCGCCAUGCGCAUGAUUGCCGCCUUAAUAUAACGCCAUAAAUUCAGCGCUUUCCGGCUGACACCGGGGGGCAAUAAAAUUCGACAUUUGCACAUCUCCCCUCCCUCUCCCGUUUCUCUCAAACACUCAAUCGAGACGUAAUUCUGCACCCACGUAAGCAUCACCGACGAGGGAGGCGGAGGAAGCGGCAGGAGCGAAAAGCGCGACACGCGCUUGACGAAAGUCAACAUUUCGACAUUUCGAAGAUUCUGUUCAGCUUCUCUCUCGCUCGAGCGCGAGUAGCCGGCAAGCAGUUGGACAUUUCUCCGGGCGGUUCGUUUGACGGGAUCCUACGAGCGCGGCGCGUCCUCCGAAUCCCGCUCGCGCUCGACGCAGCGCGUAUGCACGGGUGAUUACGCGUCCAUUGUGAUUCGCGCGUUUAGAGCUCGGUGAAAAUGGCGCGCGCGGUGCCGUUAUGCGCCGCGCAGAUCGGGCAAUUAAACGAAAGCCUAAUAAACAAACGGCUGUAAAGCACGCGCGGAUGCGCGGAGCGUACUCGUGAGCCGCGCCGGCGCCGGCGGCGGCCGAGGCGGCGGUGCAGUAAAGCCAUAAACGGUUCGGUCGAGGGUGUCAUACGCGGACACGCCGUGUGUAUACCUUGUAAAAUACGACGAUACGUCGCUCGCGUAAAAAGGGAAUUAAAUAGCGACGUUACACGGCGACGAGCGACCGGUAGGGCUUGUCCUUCCCACAUCCUCCCGCCUCCCUCACGCGUUUGCAUUUACAACGUUGUAAACCUUUGUAUCUCGUUUCUCAUCGCGGGCUAAUUAAUGCACUAUAAAACGUUAGUGCUUUAAUGCCGAACGAUUUGCUCGCGUUGCUCUCUCGCGCGCCCGCCCGGCGGUUUCUGGAGGUGGCAAUUCCGAUCCCGCGCGAGAACCGUGUCGAUGCGCGACGGAGAUUCACGCUCGUUCCCACGCGUAAAAGCGGGAUCUCCUCCGCGUGCAGAACCUCCUCUGGAAUUGGUGGUCCAGGGGAGCCUCGCUGCGUCGAGGGAAACGCGCGGAGGACGCAGAGAGGAGGCUCGCUCGCGCGCACCCUGUGCGCCAGCGCCGGCUGCUCUUGCGAACGGCAGCCAUUCACCGCAUUCAACUUCCCUUUCUUUUUGCCAUAUAAGGAGAUUACUAGAUCUUAAGGUGAACGCGAGACACGUCUCAAGGAAGAGACUGUGUUUACUCGUAGGCAUUCUCUCUCUCUCUCUCUCUCU